UAUGAGAAAUUGAAAUCGAUUAUGUGAGAGCUCUGCUCUAGUCCAUCAAAAGAUACAUAAAUUUCGGGUUAAAUUAAAAAAUGGAAUCCAUAAGUAAGGAAGUGAUAGAUACUGAAUUAAUGCUAGUAACAGCCAAUGUUGGAAGUUUGUUUGAAGAUCCAAAAAGACUUCUUUCAAUAUGGUUAGAAGAGUUUAUUGCCAAGAUUACGGAAUUGAAGCCACAAUUUUUAGCAUUACAUCUUCAAGAAGUUGGAGGAAAGACAUAUGAAAAUUCGAUGGAUCACGUACAGGAGUUUAUUAAAUACUUAAAUGAAACAAUGGGAUCAAUGGAUUAUACUUACGUUCGCAUUUAUAUGGAUGAAGAUUACAAAUCCGUUGAGAAUUUUACUGCACUUGGCAACAUUUACUUCGGACAUAAAAAUAUUUGUACCCUAAGGAUUUGGAAUUUUUUAAAGCACGGCUGGGAAGACAAACUUAAUGAGAAUCAAAUAUACACUGGUAACAUUGAAGCAGUUGCAACCAAGGAGAAGUCAAAGUUUCCUCAACAUUUUUUUCCUGAAUGCAAAUGGUCGCGAAAAGGAUUUAUGCGGACGCGUUGGGAAAUUAACGGCACAGUCAUUGAGUUGGUAAACAUACAUCUUUUCCACGAUGCAUCUAAUUUAGUAGCUUGUGCAGAUUUUCCAUCAGUCUAUUGUAAAACAAGAAGACGAGCUCUGAUACAUACAAUUGAGAGGUUUCACUUGGAUGACAAAAAUGGAUCCGUCCCCUUUUUUUGCUUUGGAGAUUUUAAUUUUCGAUGUGAUACUGCAGGCGUUGUAAAAGAACUGACUGCAAAUUUGGUUGCCCAUCGCGUACAAAGUAUUAAAACGGAUAAUACUAAAAUCCACUAUCGCAAUUCCAUUGGCAAUAACAUACUUACAUUGGGAAAAAAAGAGUUUAGUCACGCUGAUCAUCAGCUUAAAUUUAAAGAAUAUUGGUUAAAAAAUUUUGAUAAGGAAUUGGAGCCACUCACGGAAAUUUUGAUUGAAUAUCCAAUAAACUUUAUUCCUUCAUAUCCCUUUGAAGAAGAUCCCGAAAUGCCCACCGAUUAUAUGUCAACAAGAUGUCCAUCGUGGUGCGAUCGUAUUUUGAUGACUCCGCAAGUUAACGACAUUAUUGCAUGCAAUGAAUGGAAAUAUGAUAUAAUUGGAGAAUCUGUCUGCAUGGGAGACCACAAGCCUAUUUACUUAACUGUUCGACUAAAGCAAAAUAAAGGUACUUAUAGAUCAUGUGAUUGCAGCUGUUCAUACUCUCAAGCAAACAACAUCAACAACAAUUUGACAUCGCCCACUCAGUGCAACUUUUGUCAGUAUUCGAAUAAUCUUUAUAAAAAGAUCAUAAAAGAAGAUCGUUAUAUUAACCACAAUAACGUAACCCCAGACUCUACUUUCUAUUGUGGAAAAAAUUUAACUGACUACAAUCAAUCCGCUUACGAGCUACAUAAAAAAGACAAAAGUACAUUUGAGUAUGAAACCUCUACCUUCCCAAACAUUAGCAUAAAUAUAGUUGAUACUGACGAUCCAUAUGUGUGCCAAUGCACUCCAUCAUCUAUAAGUGAGUCUUUGAAUACCCAGUAUGCAACUCAAACUACACAAAAUAUCUGUCCUAUCUGCAAAAAUAUAAAAAAAAAAACAUCAAAUAAUAUAACAGAAACUAUGCUAGUAAAUCAAAUGGAUUUGCAGCACUUAUCAACUAUUAAUGUGUGUAACGUACAUGUCGAUCCAUACACCCCUGAAAGUUAUGAGUCUCGUUCACCAUAUCCAGAACUGUGCUCUACCACUUCUACCUCAAGCAGUAGUUGUAAUGUCGAGCUUAUACAAUGUGAAUUUUGUUUGAACAACAAAAUUUGUAAUCAUAAUUCUAAGCAAGUUUGCAUGAAGGAUCUUUUGUGUUUAAGAUCUGAAAAACAAUCAAGAACAACUGUAACACCUAUUCAAUUGCAAUCGCGACUAGAAGAUCUACAACGAAAGCAUAACGAAGAUAGGGAUAAAAAUACAAUAAGAGAGGACGAUGUUCAUCCUGUUGUAGCUGUUUGCUCAUCUAAGAAAAUUUUAAAUAGACAAAAUCGUAGCACAAGUAAUUUUCAUAUGUGUUGUAGCAUUCACUAAUUUAAGUUAAAUGUUGUAAUUUUUAUUGUAAAUUUAUAUGCUUAAGUUCUUUUGUUAUUAAAUUAAUAUAAGAAUGUUAUUAAGUAUUAAUAUUGCUUCGACAAAUAAAUUCCUGUAUUUACUUAAUGGUUGAUAUCUCUUUGUAUGCAUUUAAGCAACGUAUGAAUCUGCUCGAUUGACAUACAUACAUUUUUAUAAAAAUUUGUAAUCGUUUUCGUUUUAAAAAAUCAUGUGAGAACUUUAUCUUUUAAUUGAACUUUAUGCUUUUACAAUGUGAAAAUGAAUUUAUUUAAAUCAAAUAUGUUCCAUUAUUAUCGAUAAUGAUUAGACAUUUUAAGAACAGAACCGUGAUGUCAUUGGUGACGAAUUUAAUAAUUUCUGAUUAAAAUACUGAAAUUAUAAUUACAUGAAAAAACUGGCUUCCGCGCUGCAGAUUUUGACAGACUGGCUUACAGUAUGUUCAUUCAAAUGAUAAUUUAGUGGUGUCUCUAAGACUUAUUCUUCACGAACUCAUUCAUACACCCAAUAUUUGGAGAUGUAAAAUUUAUUUUUUAAAUUUUUUACGCAUUUUAAUUUUCUACUAAGAUAAUGAUAAAAAUGCUUAAAGCUGUAAAUAAAUGUAAAAUACAAAAUUUAUUUUGUUAUGAUAAUUGAUUUUCUGGUCACCCCGAGUUAUAAAUCUUUCAUAACAU